AUGCAAGAGGAAAUGCUGGCACAAGAGCCGACUCGUCCUCUUGAAAGAGUGCACGCUCCAAAGCCUGGAAUUCGACAAGAACACGUGCGAGAACGAUUUAUCGAGAAGGAGCAGCCUCCACCGGAAAAACAGGUAACGAAAGAGUUUCUGCCCCUUUUACUUUAUACUUGA